AUGCCACUUGAUACGGCAUCAACAUAUGGCCAGACCCUUCUCCGUUCAGACGGUAGAAGAUGGAACGAACUCCGGCGUAUUUCUGCCUCAAUCUCUACCCAGUCCUCCACCGAUGGGAGCAGUCAAUUCGUUAUGGGUAAUACAGUUGUCGUGUGCAACAUCGUCGGUCCAAGAGAAGGACGAGGUCAGCGUGACACAAACAAUGCCCUCAUUGAGACCGAAGUCACAGUUGCACCGUUCGCGCAGACCGACCGGAGAAGACGUAUGAAGGGCGACAAGCGAGUCCAGGAAUUACAGACCACAAUCUCAUCGGCGUUCCAAGCACAUCUCUUUACUCAUCUCUACCCCCGAAGCUCCAUCACAAUUUCCUUGCACGUUCUGAGUCUGGACGGUGCCCUUCUCGCUUCCUGUCUCAAUGCUGCUAGCCUAGCUCUCGUUGAUGCAGGGGUCCCUAUGCCCUCCAUUCUUGCUGCAGUCACAAGCGGAAUGAUUACCUCUACAGAUGGCAUCACACCUUCCGAUCCUAUCCUCGACCUCAACAACUCUGAGGAACUUGAGUUGCCCUUUCUUUCCGUAGGCACAGUGGCGGGACUCAGUGAACACCAGGAGGAUAAAGUAUCGGUGCUUAUCAUGGAGUCUCGUAUCCAAAUUGGCCAGAAUGGUAAGAAAUUGGAAGCUAUGCUUGCAGUGGGAGUCGAUGGCUGUAAGCAGGUUAGAACUAUCAUGGAGGAAGUGGUUCGGACUCAUGGCAUACGAAUCCUACGCGGCAGAAAGUGA